AAAAGCCUGUCGGUGGGUUCUUUGAUCUGGAACUCCACAAGCAUGUGUCAAGAGUGUGUGUUUGGAUGAGGUUCCUGAGCCUCAGGUCUGCACGGCUCUGUGUAUCUGUGUGUGUGUGUCUGCGUGUGUGAGGGAGUUGUGAGUGAGUGUGUGUGUGCGUGUCUCUGUGUUUUUCGUUUGAGUUGCAAGGAUAUGUGUGUAGGCGUGUGAUUGUGAGUUGUGAGUGACUGUGUGUGUGUGUGUGUGUGUGUCCGUGUGUGUGCAUGUGUGUUGUGUGUGUGAUCCACAACAUCAGCAUCGUGGAUCGCCAUGGAGAUGUCUCAGGGCACGUACACGUUCCUGGUGUGCUUCGCCGGCUUCUGGCUGGUGUGGGGCCUCAUCGUCAUCGUCUGCUGCUUCUGCAGCUCGGUGCAGCGCCGCAUGAAGCGCGAGCGGCAGGAGCAGCUGCGCGAGCAGUGCCUGCGCCCCCUGGAGAUGGAGGCCCUGGACUUCCCCUCCUCCGCGCCUCCUCCUCCUCUUCCUCCACCUCCGCCCUUCAGCAGCACGGGACGCUCCUCCUCGCUGCAGUUCAUGUCAUUGGACAGCGACCCAUGUGGGCAGCCACCGUGCUACGAGGAGGCGGUCCUGAUGGAAGACCCGCCUCCCCCAUACAACGAGGUCCUGGCCGAGCCCCCUCCCCCUUGCGACCCCCCUGACCCCCGCGACCCCUUGCCCCUGCGGCCCACUCGGGACAGCAGCAGCAGCAGCAGUAGCAUUGGUGGCGGCGGUGGCACCGGCACCAUCGGUGGCAGUGGCAGUGGCAGUGUGGGGACCCUAAAGAUGCCACCGCACAUCCCCCGCGUCCCACAGGAGCCUGACAUCAGCAAGAGCAACCCCGAGGUCCUGGGCCUGAACAUGGGCAUGGGGAUGGGCAUGGGCCUGCUGCCUCUCUCCCUCCCGGGCCAGGGCUGCUCCACGCUCAUCCGCCUGCCCCCGGCCUCCUCCUCCUCCUCCACCACCACCAACUCCUGCUCCUCGUCCUCCCACUCGCGGCGGGGCUGGGACUCCCUGGGCCGCUUGCCCACGCUGGGGCUAGAGCGCCGAGCCUUCCCCCUGGAGCCCCAGGUGUCUUUCAUUGCCACCAUGCCCCGGGACGGCCGGACGCACGCCCGCGCAGGGGGCCCUGGGCUGGGGCUGCAACUGCUCAGGGAGCUGGAGGAAGACUGUGGGCUGCCCACCGCCUACCCUUUACUGGGACGGAGCACGGCGGUCUGAAAGGUGCACGGGCGAUGGGGUGUUUGGGAGCUCGGUAA